CCGGUUCCGCCCGGACCCGGGAACCGAGGGUGAUGGCGGCAGACGAGAAGUUGUCAAGAGGGGGCGUAGAAGAGACCGUGGAGGAAGAAGAUCCCGGGUCUCUGAAGCCCGGGGCCGCCCCGUUUGGAAAUUUCCCUCAUUAUUCCCGCUUCCACCCUCCCGAGCAAAGGCUCCGCCUUCUGCCCCCGGAGCUUCUUCGACAGCUCUUCCCUCCCGAGGGUCCCGAGAGGAGGCCGAUCCUAGGGCUCGACGUGGGGUGUAACUCCGGGGAUCUGAGUGUGGCUCUAUACAAACACUUCCUUUCCCUGACCGAUGGGGAGACCUGCUCCGGGGCUUCCAGAGAGCUCCGCCUCCUCUGCUGUGAUAUAGAUCCAGUCCUUGUGGAGCGGGCUGAAAAAGACUGUCCCUUUCCUGAUGGUUUGACCUUUAUCACCCUGGACAUCAUGGAUCAAGAGAACAGGAAGGUUCCCUUGAGUUCUUUCUUAAGCCAAUUUGGGCGUUCCGUUUUUGACAUCGUCUUUUGCAUGUCAGUAACUAUGUGGAUUCAUCUGAACCAUGGGGACCGUGGUCUGUGCGAGUUCCUGGCCCAUAUCUCUUCUCUCUGCAGCUACCUCCUUCUGGAGCCACAGCCCUGGAAGUGUUACCGGGCAGCUGCAAGGCGCCUACGCAAGCUGGGACUCCACAAUUUUGAUCACUUCCACUCGCUGGCCAUCCGAGGUGAUAUGGCCAGCCAGAUCGUGCGAAUCCUGACACAGGACUAUGGGAUGGAGUUAGCGCGCUGCUUUGGCAACACCAGUUGGGACCGAAGCCUUCUACUCUUCAGAGCAAAGCACACUCACGAGACUCAGGCAAUCCCUGAAUCGUCGACAAAAGAGACACGGACAGAUUAAGAUUCUGAAGACAAUGGGACAGACCAGUCAAGAGAUAUCCUGGAGCUUCCGUUCUGAGACCGGUGUUUGCAUCCUGCAGCCAUCAGGCAGCCUUGAGACCUGGCAGGAGCUUGAAGCAAGCGGCUGAAAGACGCUGUCUGUGUUCCCGGUUGUUUGGAAUAGCCCCUGCGGGGAAUGAGUUCAUAGAACAGUAAACGAGGCAGCUGGAUGGAGAUUGUAUUCCUGAGGAGUGAAGCUGCUUUUGGAAGUUGUUUUGUUUGCUGAGGAUCAUUUGGUUAUUGGGUGUGCUCGGCAUCGAGUCUGUGAUCGAACCUCAGCUCCAGCUCCAAGGGGUUAAUUAUUAAAAAAAGAAAG